ACCUGUCGGUGGAAGAAAAAAACUCUUAUUCUUUUUAUUCUGACAAUCAGAUGUCGCCACUGGUGGAAUAGAAAGUGACAUCUGGGGGCGGAGAGAAAAGUUGCUCUCUAACUUAUCGUUAUCGUUAGAAGAAAAAGUUUUUUCUUCAACGAAAUUCAUUCACCAACUAACCGUUCGUAAAGGUUGUUGUGUGUUAGUUAGUUUAUUAAUUGUGAUCUAAAGUUAAACAAUAAUAAUAGAAGAAAAAUAUUUUCAUCCAGAUCUGUGAUUGUACAUCAAUUAUAUAUUAACCAAAUCUCAAUUUGAGCUCAAGAAAAGAAAAGCAAUGGUUAAACUAAAGGUUUUCCAUUCGUCUUUCUUUAUAUUAUUUUCUUUAUUUUCAUCAAUAAUAAUUUCGUUUUGUUUAUCAACUGAUUUAUCACCAACAUCUUCGGUUACUUUAUCAACUUUAACAUCGCCAGUAAACAAUGUGACAACAUCAACGACAUUCACAUGUCCAGAACAAUUUGGUUAUUAUAUUGAUCAUUCUGAUUGUACCAAAUAUUUUGUUUGUGUUUUCGGUGAAGCUCUUCAUGAAACGUGCACCGGUGGACUUUAUUUCUCAUCGGAAUUACAAACAUGUGAUUGGCCUCGAAAUGUACUUUGUGGAAUAGGUAAUAAGACUGAGAAAGUAACACAUGCAUCAACUGGAUUAGAUAAAGGAUCAUCGUCAUUAUCAAUUGAUAAUAACAAGAAUCAUGAUAAACUUACGGAUAAAGAAAUUACUUAUGAUACAAAUCUUGAUGGAAACAAUAAUGGUAAUGAUGGUUUAAUUUCACCUCCAAUUACUUUACCUGACAUUGAUUCAAUUUCAUCUGGUAACAAUAAUCACGCUAAUGAUGGUUCAUCAUCAUCAAGUUUAUCCUCAUCUUCAUCUGAUAAAGAUAAUCGAAAGGAUAAAGAAGCUGAAGAUUUAGAUCUUCAAAGAUCACGAACAACUUUGAAUAAAAAUUUCGUCUCCAAUUCAGGUAAUACGAAUUUCAAUUAUCUUGAUUUUACUAAUAAUGUUAAUGGACGAAAUCCAUCAAGUUCAUCGUCAUUUACUGGAUUAACUUCAAAUCGACGAGAUAAUUCAACAAUUAAUGGUAAUAAUAUUCACCUUGAUGUUGAACCUCCAUCGGGCUCUAAUUAUGAAGAAACAUCUUCAACCGUUGUAGAUUCAAAUGGAGGUAUUCAUUUGCCCGAUGGUCAAGGAGGUUUAUUUGGUAUCAAUGGACAAUUACCUGGGUUAUUAACUACUGGAAACGAUCAAGGUAAACAUGUUGAUUCAUCUUCAUCUUCAGGUAAAGAAGUGAGAUCCAUUGACGAGUCAAGGUUACCAGGUGAACAUAGAACCGGUCGAUCUUCAGAUGAUAUAAUUGGUGUAGAUAGAAGACGGGGUGUCCCACAUUAUCAGUUGCAGGCUUUAAGACAAGCUCAACAUUUUAGGCGAAUGUCACCCGUCAUUCCGAUCAUUUUACCCAAACCUGGAUCAAGUGAUUCAUCCUCUUCAUCUGCAUCACCUUCAGUAGGCUCAUCUUCCUCCUCUUCAUCGCCAACAGCACUUAAUAGUGAAACUAAAAGGCAAGAUUAUGAUUAUGAUUCUUAUCAAUCUGAUCCAAUUCAACAACCGCCAUUGAUUCAUGGUGGUGGUGGUGGUGGACCUGAUUCAGGUUUAACGCCACGAUCAUCGUUAUCACCAGAUUCAGGAAGAACUCGAAGUGCUGUUAGAGGAGGAUCGGGCUCUUCUGGAUCAGCACGAGGUGUAAGUCAUUUUGGUGAACCUUCAUUCGUUGAAUAUAUCGAUGAUCGUCCAGGUGAAGGUUAUUAUGAGGAAGAAAAAGUUGUCGUAGAUCAUUAUAAUCAGGCUCGUGGUCGACAAUCUCAGCCUUCACUUUCCCCACCUCGAUCAUCAUCAACACCUACUCUACCCUUACCACCACCAAAUCGAGGUGACUCUUCAUCGGGAAGGUCUAGAUAUUCACCGGUACCACGAGUCAACAGUCAACCACAUUUUCGUCCCUUCGUACCUCCUUACGCAGGAUUUGAAGAGCGAGCACCCCCACAGUCUCAGCACCAACCACCUCCACCCCAGCCCAUCGUUUCCCCACCAUCAUCUGGGUCCCACAGGCAUCAACGACCAUCAUCAUCAGAUGUAUUGAUUGGUGAAAGAAACAGAGGUAAUGAGGAAAUUAACAAUCGACCAUUGACCCCUUCUACCUGGGAACCUUAUCCUAGGUCACCUGAAUCUACUCCCCACCAUGGAGAUCAUCAUGAUUCAUAUGACAGACCAGAAGAUGAGCCUCAUCAGCCUACUCGAUACAUUUCCCACGAACCACCAGCAGUAACUGAACCAACACGAACAACCGAACCAUUAAUCUACCAACAGCCUCCAUCUAAUAGUCCGUCAAUUAAACCCGUUUCCAAUCGGAAGCCAGGAUCAAGUGGCCUUCAACAACCCUCAUCAUCACCUUACCAUCAGCCUGGACUUUCAGUCUCACGUAACCGACCACGAACCCAAUCAUUUGGUAACAAUGGAGAGGCACCAAUCAAACCUCAAAUACAAUCACCAUCAUCAACAUCCCCACCCCCACCACCUCCUCUUCCAUCAACUCCACCACAGCCUUCAAUCAAUACCAACAGAAAUCGACCCAACCCUCAACAAGACGCAGCUCCAAGGUUACCAACCGGAAGUGGUGUUCCCUCAGAACACGGUCAACCCUUUGGAUUAGUUGAUUAUGAUGAUGAACUACCAUCGGAUCAACGGUUCCCAGUAUCUGGACCAAUCAUCGAUCAACCCUCUCCACCACAAACCUCACCACCAGUGCCACCGCCACGAACCCGAUCACCAACCACAACAACCACAACACCGACCACAGCAGUAGCAAUAGUUGAACAUAAGCCACCAACUAAUCGACAAAGAGGCAACUACACACCAAUUAACUCACCAUCAUCAUCAUCAUCUGGACAAUCAUCUCGAUCCUCAUCAUCUUCAUCAUCAGGAUCUUCAUCAAACACCAACACGAACAAUAAUGACCAAGGAUCAAAUCGUCGACGACCUCGACCAACCAAUAAACGAUUAACUGUCCGACCAAAGGCCACAGGCCCACCUACAUUCCCCGCUCGACCUGUUAACCUUUAUCCAACCGUUGAACCAGCAACACCCGCUGGUAAAUGUGAUCCUCGAGUGUGUCGCCUUCCCGAUUGUAAUUGUGGCUCGUCAUCAAUUCCGGGAGGAUUAAAAUCAUCACAAGUGCCACAAAUUGUAAUGAUUACAUUUGACGAUGCCAUUAAUGACCUUAAUUGGGAAAUUUAUGAAGAAAUUUUCAACUCAAAUAGACGCAAUCCAAACGGUUGUCCACUUUUAGGUACAUUUUAUGUGUCUCAUGAAUGGACAGAUUAUGGUCAAGUACAAACACUUUACUCGCGAGGUCACGAAAUGGCCUCACAUGGGAUAACUCACUCAUUUGGCGAGAAAUUUUCAACCAGUCAAUGGCACAAGGAGAUUCAUGGACAACGUGAAGUUUUGUAUCUUUAUGGUGGUGUUAAGAUGGAGGAUGUUAGAGGAAUGAGAGCUCCGUUCUUGCAAAUUGGUGGAAAUAAAAUGUUCCAAAUGUUGUACAACGAUAAUUUCACUUAUGAUUCAUCAAUGCCCGUGUUUGACAAUAAGCCACCAUUUUGGCCUUACACUUUGGAUUAUUCUGUUAACCAUGAGUGUAUGAUUGCUCCUUGUCCAACUGAAUCAUUUCCUGGUGUCUGGGAAGUUGAUGAUAAACAAUUCAAAACGAUUCUUGUUAUCGAGAAGGAAAAAAAACUAUUCCAUUCUUUUCUAAUCUGAUUCCUAUUUAUCAUCAUUCACCAUGUAUUAUAAUUGUUGCUCCGAAUCGUGUGACCGACCGCAAACAGAUCAUCAUCAUCAUCAUCAUCAUCACAAUUAAACUCAAGUAAUACACUUUAUCUUCAACAAUUUAACCAAAUGCUACUUUACUUUGAUAUUAAUCAGAGAUCCUAUUAACCUGUAAACUCAAUUGUACACAAUUGAAAUCAAUCAACUCUCAAAGAUGAUUAAAAAGACUCCCUUAAGUUAUUGUUAUGAUGAUGAUGAUCUAAUCAUGUCCGAUGUUAAGUCCGUUGUCUUCCGGAUUACUCCUUAUUUCACUUUCCACUUUUCUCUUUCAAUUUUUUUAUUCAUUAUCUUUUCUAAUUAUUAUCAUGAUGAUGAUGAAAAAAGAGCCAACUAAUCAAAUUGGAUUAUUGUAACUAUUAUUAUCAUUACUUUUUGAACAAAAGGACUACUAUUGAUGAUUAAUAUGGAUUGAUGAUGAUGAUGAUGAUUAUCAUCAUAAUCUUGAUGAUUUAAAAGUAAAGAGUUACAUCAUUUCAUUUGUUACUUAAGAUAAUGAUAUUAACUUUUUUAGCUUGCAGUUAAUUAACUUAUUGAUGUGAUGACGAUGAAAAGUAACAUAAAUCCCAAUUUCCGGUUUCCUCAGGAGGCCAUCAGUUUAUUGUUCCAGGUCAAUUAUUAGAUUAAUUUAACUUAUUUAAAGUAAUCAACUUUGUUUCAAUCGGAUUUACCGAUUUACCACCAAUCACCUAAUCACUUUCAAUUUUAAAAUGUUCAACGAUGAUGAUUAAGAUGAUUAUCAUCAUUUGGAUAAUCAACUGCAACUUUUACAAUGUUGAUUUUACACUUUACGUGAUUUCAUUUUCAAUUGAAAGCUAUUAACUUGAUUAUCGACUAAUUUUAAAUUGUGAACAUUAUGAUUUCUUUUAAUCAUCAUCUCCAAUUAUCAUUAUUAUUAUUAACUGCAAGUUAACACGUUAAACCCGAUUGAGUAAUUAAUUUUGAAAGAAUUGAAAUCGUGUUGUCCAUUUCCGUGGACUCGAAACUUUUUAGACUUUUAUUAUAACGAAAACAUUUACUUUUCAUUUAAAAACCAAAUGAAAACAAUUAAUUUAAUCAAUCUAACUCAUUGAUCUGAGUUAAUUUACUAAUCCAUAACCAAGUGAAUUUAAAUUGUUACUUGUUCACAUUUUCCAAGAUCCUCUCUUUUCAAUGUAUCUUAAUACUCUCUGCGGUGAACAAGGAUUUAAUUUGAUGAUAAUCUUAUUUGGGUCAGUAAUUUAGUCUCAAAUUUUAGCUUUUCUGUUGUGUAUCUUUAAAUUACUAUUAAAAAUUAAUAAGAAUCAGGUAUUAGCUUAUUAAUUAUUUCAUUUUGUUUUAACGAUUUUAAAUCUUUCUUAAUGUUUUUUCACUUUGAAACGUUGUCUCGUAAUCGGUGUUGGUUUUUUACUGUUUGUUUACAUUAUCAUGUAAUAGUUAACUAACUUUUCUUGUAUUAAUUCAUUAAGAGUGAGAGAGAGAGAGAGUAUUGAAAAUGAUCAACAAUAUAAGAGAAAGGAGAUUGAAAAUGGUUAUGCUGAUGGCGAUGGUGAUGGUGAUUAAGAUGAUGAUGAGGACGAGGACGAUGUUGAUGAUGGUAAUUGUGUGUAAUUGUAACAGCGAAGCUCAAGUUUUCAUUAAUGUUUCUUGUUUUAAGGUCAAUCAAGGUUUUCAUCAAUUGCGAAUCUAAUUAUUGUAACAUUUGAAUGUUGUAAUUUUAAAAUCAUCAUCAAAACGAUAAUAUCAUCAUCAUCUUUAUCAUCAUUCAUCUCACAAAUAAGCUUAGUGAAAGUGAAUGUGUGUUCCCUAAGAAGUUUCGUCUUCCUGGUUGAUUAGUUUAAAAUUAAUUGUUAUGUAUUAGAGAUGAUGAUAGAUUAACUGUAGUAGUAGUUAGUUGAUUAAUUAGACUUGGGUCAAAGCGAAUCAAAACUUUCUGUUCAAUUUAAUUUCAUUUUUUCUGCUUUUCUACUCUCAUCAUCAUCGACAUCAUUAUCAACAAUUUCAACAACAAUUAAACAAAGCGUUUUGUUUCAAUUUAACCUCUACUCUCUUUUUAAUGAUUAAUAGCAACUAAAUGAAUGUUGAUUAAAAUGUUGAUUAAGAUGAUGAUGUUGUUAGUAGUGCAAUCAUAAUGAUAGGUUAGGUUACCUUUUUUUUCCGCUUCUUUCAUUUGGAGUUUGAAAAAACGCUGAAACAAAUACGAUUCUCGUAUCUUUCAUCUAAUUAGUCUAAUUUUAUUCUUAUUGAGUUCAAUUAAGAGAACUUGAAAUUAAUUAUAAUCAAAAAUUUAAGACUCAAAAUGAAUUAGUUAAUUGAUUGUUCGAUUUUCAUUGUUAAUCGUCGAUUGAGGGUCAAUAUUAGACAAUAAUGAUUCUAACUUGAGGUAAUACUUUCGUUCCGUUUGUUGUUAUUGUUGAUUUUUUCUCGAAAUUUUCGAACUGUUUUAGAACUUUUUUUCUUCUUUUCGAUUUGUCUGUACUUUCCUUUUCUCGUUUUCUACCCAAAAAAAGCUUCACUUUCACACGAUCUUAACCACAAUUUAAUACUCACACGCAUUUUAAACGCAACAAUCAACUAACUAUUUAUGAGGUCAAUUAACAGGCGUUCAAAAUGAUGAUUAUGCUUCUGAAUCUAAAAUGAUAUUAACUGUUUUUAUGCGCUGGCGGUUCCACUUAGGGACAAGGUCAAUCAUCGUAUUUGACAAUUAUUCAAUUUGUCUAUUCUUAAUUGCUUAUUACUCAUAAUCUGUGUAAAUCUAAUCAAUCACUGAAUCUUAAUCAUGAUUCUCGUUAAUCUUAAUCUGACAUCUUAUUUGUCAAUUUCAUCUCGAUUCGGUUUAUGUUUAUUUAGUUCACCUUAAGCUUUUGCUUUUCAGUUUAAUUGUUUAAUUGAAAAUUAACUAUUGAUAAUGAGUCUUAAUUAUCUUAGAUGAUAACUGAUUAAAUAUCAUUUACCACACCUUAACAUUUAUACACCACAAAUUGAUGUUGGUUAAUUAAUCAAUAUCAGAACUGUUUACCAAAACAAACAAAUCAAAUAUUAGCCCAAUCAAUUUACUAAUUAUCACUUCAUCUUCGUAUCCUCAAUCAAACCAUCAGAUUGGUGAUUUUUCACAAUUAAUCUUAAUUUUUACCUUUGAAUUUAAUUUGGUUCAUUAAUCUAUUAAUACAUAACUCAUUUACUAUAUAUUUUACUAUCUCUUUAUUAGGAUAUACUCAUAAUAUGUUGGAUGCCGUUGAUUAAUUAAUAUUGAUUCUUAUCUUGUGAAUCGUUAUCUCCA